AUGGUGAUUAUACUGCCGAGUGUGUCGUAUGUGUUCCCGAAUGCAUUGGAGAAGGAUGUUUAUGAGAUUGUGUAUGUUAAGUAUGCAGUGGAGGCAGCUUGCUCACUGAUACCGCUUGCAACGAGUGUGUGGCUGAUAUGCAUCAUUAUUAGAUGUAUGCACAAUCGAAUGAACAUAGGCACAAUGCUUGUAAGAGUAAUUCUGUCGAUGAUAAGUGGAAUGAUAACAGCAGCAUAUGUGGUGAGCAAUUUUGUGAAAGGAUAUGCUUUUGAUGCAAGUAGUGCGAUGAUGAUGCUUGGGAUGGCGUUUAUAACUGUGAUAGUGAUGAGAUAUAUUGCGAAUGAAAAGCUGUUGGUAGUUGAUUGGAUUGUGUAUGUUGCUGCGCUCGCACUGGGGAUAUCCUCGCAGAUAGAUAGGAUAGUGCAUGAGAAAGGCAAUGCCGUAUUUGAUGAGAAGCCGAUGAAGAUGGUGGUGACCAUUGUUGCGAUGCUUGUGUUUUUAUGGAAUGUGCUGUUUAAGAGUGCGAUUAUGGGGCAGGAGCUUGACGAGCAAAAGGAGAAUAAACUCGAUGCGAGUGAUAGAAAGAAGCAGAAAAGAAGAGGAGAAUGCCUGGUGAAGUGUUUGCUGAACUACUUGAUUAUGGCGAUGGCAGUGGUAAUGGUGGCCAUUGAAACAGGGAAUGAUUUUGUGGCGACGUAUAUCCGGAGGUACAUGAGUGCAACAGACUUGAAUGAAUUGGCAGUAUGA